UUUUGUGUCUGUCUGUCUGGACGUGUGCUAAAGAAUUUAGUGGCGAUAAGGAAGGUGUGUAUGUAUGCUCUCUGAGAAUCUUUUGAAGUCUUCUUCUCCUUAUUUUCUUCUUGGUCAUGUAAAGGAAUGCGAGAUGCGUUGGUGGUGGUGGUGGCGACAACGUUGACGUCGUUCAUUCAUAAUGGGAAGGGCGUGUUUCAUUCAGCUUCGCAGCAAUGACUUGGUUCGGUUGGCGCUGUAUAUUACGGCACCGAGAAGAAGAAGAUGCACACAGUCUGGUCGUCUAUGUAUAUGGAACGUCUUUGAGUAUAGAUAGAUCACAAGUAAUAAUAAAAGUCGUCCUCUGUAGCUUAGCUGCACGCCUUGCUGCCUGCUACAGUGCGUGUCAUGUAAAAUAAAAUAAAAGCUGCCUCUUGGUGGAACGGGCUUGGCCUGUGGAAGAAUAAAAAGAGAUGAAGAUGAAGAAGGAUCUCCUUAUGGGUUGGAUUUUCAGGAAGAGUUGGUUCUUCGUUUUAAGAGCCAGGGUUGAGAUGAGAAGAAGGGGAGUUUGUUCGUUGGUUAAGUAAGUAGGCAGCAGCAGUUGAAGAUGUUAAAGACGAACGAAGGAGUGGAGGAAUUGGAAAAGGGAUAUGGAUGAGAAUCUUGAAGAGUGACCCUGGCUCCCAACUUCUUCUUUUUCAUCUUUACUUCAUGAUGAUGAUGAUGAUGAUGCAUGGCAGAAAACCGCUCCUUGAAGGCUUGUCCCUCCACUUGAGGAAUAUAAUACUGCUGUGCUCACAUGUAUGUAUGAGAGAUAGCAUACAAUUAUUGGGACGAGGAUUAAGAAAAUCACUUGUUGGUUGUUGAAGCAUCGUGGUCUGGUCGGUCGUCCCCUCAUCUUAUUUUCUCACCAACCCAUCUCCCUCACCUCCCCAUUCAGUCUUUUAGCAGAUGCUGAGUCGUUCAGAUCUGGCGUGUAAAACGACGAGAGAGAUAUAGUAGAAAGAAACUACUUUUCUUGAACGACAUGCAGCACCACGAAGAUCGGCCUUCCUUCAUUGAGUAGAAAAUCUAGAGAGCUAAUCCCAGGGCAGCAGGGGCUUAUUUUUAAAGUGCGUGGAAAGAGGGGGCCUGGUGGUGACGAAAAACGGUCACAAUUCGUGGUGACCAGUAUUUUAAAGGUGUUUGUUCUUCGUCAAGUGGUCAUUCAUUCAUCGGUUGCUUGGUGUCGGGGGUUUGCGAAGUGGUUGGUGGAGAGGAUACGCAGAUUUGGCCAAGUGUUUACUCCGGCGCGAGGCUUGGUGGUCGGUCACAGUGAUGUCUGAAUCGGUGGGAAUCAGGCAUUAUUGGAGACUUGAGGUACUGGAUGCAGGUGUGACGCGACGAAGGGAGUUCCAAAUGAGGAAAUGUCCAAGUCCGACGCUGUCACGACGACUCUUCUUCCGACCCCGGGUAGCAUCGUCCCCCGCCUUGUUCCACCACACUCAGGAGGACCAGUUGACAUAAAGAAUAAUACCAUGCUUGCAAGCAGUCAGAGGAAAGGAUUCCAGAAAUAAUGACGAAACUGACCUCUAAUUUUGAAUGCACACGCAGAAGCUGAGUUAUCAAUGGCUCAGAACCAGAAUGGGUUUAACAAUCGCCGAUCCACUUCCUCCUCCUCCACGGCUACGCGGACCUACCCCGGCACGGCGGCCAGACUUUUACACACUGCCACGGCCGCCGCCGCCGCCACACCGCUCGUGGACGGCUUCUCCCCCACCACUCGGAGUCGACCAGAAAGUGCUCCCACCGUCUUUGUACGACCCUUGUCCCGUUCACAACUCUUGGCACCGGUCCAUGUUGGUGGUGGUGUCCCCUCGUCCGCCUCGCUGCUGAAUGAAUCGUCCUCCUCCUCCUCCAGAUCGAGGGGAGGGUUACCUCCACCCAUCGCGAACAGACCGAUUUCCUUGGAAACGCCGCGACCUGACUCUGAAAGGCACCGCAAUCUGUAUCUGGGCACGCCGAUUAAUCUGAACAACAGCAGUGGUGGCGGCGCCGGUGGUGGUGUGGGUCACCCCCCUUCAAGUAGUAAUAACCCUUCCAUUAUCCACAAGGAUUAUUUAGACUCAAGUGUAACUGCUGCCGAGCAAGUGAGACUCCCCACGAGUUCGCGAACUAGUAAAAACAAAGGCCAUAGUGAUAGAAAUAGUCUUGACAGUGGUGUCGUAACUUUGCAACCAGCCAAGAGAACGCUUUUAGAUGCCAGUGGUGGUGGUGGUGGGGGUGGGAGUGGAAGUAUCAGUGGGGGGGAUGAUGGCGUCGGCAAAGUGAAACUCGCCGAGUCCUCCAUCCUGUGCCCAUACUGUCGAAAAUGUCGGUGCCAAGCUUGUUCAACCCCACGCCCCCUUCCAUCCCGAUGGAUCUGUUCGGAAACCAUACACUGUGGACCUGAACCCCUCCUCGACUACGUCACCUGCCUUUGCUGCGUCAAAGCCCUUUUCUACCAUUGUGGCAAGGACCACGAGCCUGACGGGGGCGUCAUGUGUGCCGACAAACCGUGUUCUUGCGCUCCACACCGCAAGUUUUGGAGGUGGGGGUGCAUGGGCGCGAUGAGUGUGGUGUUCCCCUGCCUCUGUUUGUACUGGCCGUGCAAGGGCUGCAUUCGCCUGACGGAGAAAGCAUAUCAAAACUACCACAGUCACGGGUGCAGUUGCAGUAAUCCCUCCAAUACGACCACGGGGACGGGGAGAGAAGUAGCCGCGGAUAGUUCGGAGGAUGAAGACCAUCAUAAUAACCAUCGCCGUGGUGGACGCCAUGGUCCGAUUUCUCCAACCCCUCCAGUCAUUGUCCCUCGUUCAAUCGCGACCACCCCGAUCACAUCCACCUCCACUUUUCUCCCGGUGAAGAGAAAGUGACCCACUUGUCCUGUCCCGUUUCCUGGUCAGAAUGAUGAAGCACCCGCUCCGCCGGGGAAGACGACGACGACGUCUGAAAUAUAUUGUACCGAAAGAGUCAGGAUCGUUUUGUAUGUACAUGUUGCUGCAUAAAGGUUGUCUCUUCUAAAAAUCGAUAAGUAUUUUAUCAUACAUGAAAAUUAGCUAACCUCCCCCACCCGCCCCCUGCCCUCCCCCAACUUCAACUAGACCCACAAAAAACAGUAAUUUUUUUUGUACGAGUGCAGCAGCCAGUCAAGAACAGCUCUUAAAAAAAGUUAUCAAGAAAAGCCAGGCAUAAGGAGAAAGUAAGAGAGAAAGUAACCUUUGACCUCUCUCUCUCUUUCUCCAUUUUUUACGAGAGAUUAAGAUAGGUCAAGAAUUUUUAGAAUUUUUAACCUUAAACACGAGUAAUUUUGUAGUAAUCAAUAUCUAUUUCAAGACUGACUUAUUGAUCAUGAUCAUUUGACAUAAUAAUUUUUUUGAGCGGAAAACACACAUGUUUGAGAGAAACUAUUAUUAUUAUUUUAAUUAUGAUUAUUUAAAAACCUAUACAGUUUUUUUGCGAACUGAUUGAUGAGAGCUGAGAAAAAAUGUAGCUAAAAUAAAACCUGGUAGGGAUAGAUUUUAGAUUUUUUAUUAGGUAUUAAAAAAAACUACUGACAAAUAUUUAGUCGGAGAGAAGAAAAAAGGAGGAGAAGAAAUGAUACUGGCACUUAAAAUUCCAAAGAACGAAACUGCAUAAUGAUGUUUUUUAAAGAAUUUAUAAUAAUAAUUAUAAUUACAGAACACUUUUUCACUAUUAUUAUUGCUAAAUUUUUCUCUCUCUCUUUCUCUCUCCAAGUUUUAUUCAGAGAAAUAUUUCAUUUCGUAAUAUUUUUUAAUGUUUUUUUUCUAUAUUUGUGUAUCCAUUUUGGAUGAAAUUAAAUCCAAUCCAAUUAAUUUUUAUGGUUUAUAAGUUACGAUAAAGAAUAUUUAAAAUUAUCUUCGCAACAGCUUUACCAACCUGUCGACCUGUUGAUUAUUAUUAAAUUUACACUUUAUGAUUACUAUUAUUAUCAAAUUACUGUUAUUUAAUUAUUAUAUGUGCACUCUGCAAUUAAUGCUCAAAUCCUUGAUACCCUUAGAAAAAACUGUAUGGUAGUUUGAAAAAUAUUUAUAAAUUGGUUUUUAAAAAAUUAUUCCCCCUCCUCCUCCCACCAACCAAAGCAUAAUAAAUAUCUCUAAUAGCUGUAAAAAAAUACACACAACAGGAAAAAAUGGACUGGACUAAACUAUUCAAGUUUUUAUUAAUUUAAUUAAUUACUUUUUAAAAAAUCCACCAUGACUUUUGGAACAGUUUUUUUCAGUUUUUUUUAAAAGAAAGUUCAAGCGGUGCUUAUUUUUUAUUUUUGUUGUUGGUCCAUUCUGCAUUUUUUUAGUAAGUAAAUAAGUUCCUUCCUGUUUUUUUAAAGGCUAAUUAUUUCAAUAAUUAGUACAAAUUGAGGUAAAAAAAUCUACUUAUGAGAACUGUUCCCCUGAAAAAUCGCCCCGAUUUUAAAUUUAAUAUUUUACAUUAUUAUUAAUUAUAAAAAUUAUAAGCAUGCACGUUACUGUUGUUCAUUCACAUUCUCGUUGCUGUUAAAUUAACCCUAUAAAUAAUUCACCUACAGACAAAAGAACCACACACACAGAUUAUUAUAUGCAUAAUAAUUUACUAACUAAUCUUAGCAAUACCGAUAUAGUUGUGUUAUCAUGCUCUCCUUUUUUUAGAAUGAUAAGUUAGCAGUAUAUAAAAACUGAUAAUAAUAUAAUAAUUGUAAUGAUAAGCCUAAUGUAACGUUACACGAGAAGAAAAGAUGGUCCAUCAGGAACUAAACGCCUAGUCACAAACAAUAAUUUAUAUACAAAAUGAAUGAAAUAGUUUUGAAAAAAAAGCCUUAUUAACGGUGAUGAGAUGAUUAUGAUGAUGGUGGAAAGAAAUGAGAAUAAAGAUGUACAGAAAUAAUAAAAGAUGAUCAACUCUCUGAAA